AUCGUGGAUGGGCGGAUGCAAGUGAUGUCGGCACUACGGUAUAUAAACUGGAUUGACCGUCAAAUCCAGACGCUAGAAGUGAGUUUUUCUGCGGUGAGAGUGCUGCUCAAGCAUAUUUAUUUUUGCAGAUUGAAACGACCGUCAAAUCAUGAAUAAAGAAGAGGAAAUGAAAGAAGUAGAACUAAACGAGAUGGAUCAAGAAAAACAGCCGAUGACCGGAGAAGCUCCGACAGGCACCGAGAAAAACGGCUGCGUGAAGGUCAAAGUGCCGGAGGAUACGGAGGUCAAAUUUACGGGCCUCUCCAAAGAAGAGUUAAUGAAAGUCGCCGGUACAACUGGGUGGGUUCGGACUCGCUGGAUCUUGCUGGUUCUGUUCUGGCUCGGAUGGGUUGGCAUGUUAGCUGGGGCAAUUGUAAUAAUAGUACAGGCCCCACGCUGUAAACCCAUCCCUGAAAUGAACUGGUGGAAUGAGGGUCUUCUCUACCAGAUAUCUGAUGUGAAUGCUUUCUCUGAAAGUGGAUUGAAAGGGGUCGAGGAGAAACUAGACUAUCUGAACCAGAUGAAGGUGAAGGGUCUUGUUUUGGGUCCAAUACACACUGUGCAAGCAGACCAGUCGAGCACACUGGAAUUAACUUCCAUUAACCCUGUUUUUGGUAGUGAUAGCGACCUGAAAACUCUGCUGGACCGAGCACAUCGAAAAGGAAUCUCCAUAGUGCUAGAUCUAACACCCAAUUAUGAGGGAAUUUCUGCCUGGUUCAACAAUGCUGCCACUGUUGCUGAGCGACUCAAAGAAGCCUGCGUGCACUGGCUCCUUAAAGGAGUGGAUGGCAUCUUCUUAUCUGACCUGAGAGAGAUUGUAAAUGCAGAAGCCUGGAUGUCUAUUGAAGCUAUAUUCAACAAGACUGAUGGGACCAAAAAAACGGCUCUGAUGGGCUCUGUCACUGGUCUCUCUGUGGAUGAUGUCUCUGUCCUACUUAACCGCUCUAAUGUUGACCUGCUCCUGACUGGACUCCCUAAUCCGGACGAGUCUGGUGCCAUCCAGGCUCUGUCAAUACAGAAACUCUACUCUAAUCAUCCCCAGACCAGCCUGGGCUGGAGCCUGAGUGGACGGACCAUGGGCUCUUUGGCUUCUAGGACUCCAGCAGUGCCUGUAAGGCUCUUUCAGACCCUGCUGUUCACCUUGCCGGGCACACCUGUGUUUAAUGCUGGGGAUGAGGUCGGACUGAAAUUAGGGGAGAAACCUGAAGCAAUGUGGGAAUUGGAAAGUCAAGCAGAAGAUGGCAAUGCAACAACAAAGUCUGUACAGGAGGAGCGUACAGCAGUGCGUGAUUUCUUUAAAUCCCUCAGUGAUCUAAAAGGAAAAGAGCGUGCUCUUUUGCAUGGUGAAUUUGUGUCCCUUUACAGUUCUCCGUCUGCAUUAGCUUUUCUCCGCAUCUGGGACCAGAGUGAACGGUUCCUCGUUGCUAUAAACUGGGGAAAUGCUGCUGUUACCAUGACACUCACUAAUAGUGACCUGCCAGCUGAGGCUCGGGUCCGUGCUACCACAAAUGCAGAGAAUCUAGCCGUGAAUAGCAUGGUGUCAAUAGAGAAAUUAGAGCUUGGAUCCAAACAGGCUGUUCUGUUGUCUUAUCCCUAUGCAGGCUAGACACAUAUGCACAAAAAGAAAGUGUGAAAUUCAAAGUAAAAUGUAUUGCCAGUACUAGAACAGUUUGUAUUAAACUUCUAGUUGUAUUCUCUAUCAGCAAUACCUUGAGGAGCACUAAUUAAAAAAAAAAAAAAAAAAAAAAAACAUUUAAAGGGUUGUCACAGCGGUUUUGGAAUAUUCCAAAUUGUGAAGUUGGUUUCCAUAUAGAGAUUUGUUGGUCUAAAACCCCUAUAAUACAAUAACAAAUAAAACAGCACUGAAAAUA